GCUCAGCCUCGCCCUGUGUGCAGAAUGUGACCUCACUGGUUUCUGAGUGUCAGAGACUUUCUCUCCUGCUGCAGCAAUGGCGUCUGCUGAUCUGAAACAGAAGCUGGACUGUUCCAUCUGCCUGAGCAUUUAUACUGAUCCUGUAACCAUGAGAUGUGGCCACAACUUCUGCCGGGUCUGUAUUGAUCGUGUGCUGGAUACACAGGAGGGGGCUGGAGCUUAUACCUGUCCUGACUGCAGAGCAGAGUGUCAGGAGCGUCCUGCACUGAUACGGAACAUAACGCUGUGUAACAUAGUGGGGCGUUUCCUGUCUACUCGCCCAGAUCAGGAGGAGACUGAGAUCUUCUGCACUUACUGUGUGGACUCUCCUGUACCUGCUGCUAAAUCCUGUCUGCUGUGUGAGGCUUCUCUGUGUGAUAAACACCUGAGAGUACACAGCAAGUCAGCAGAACACGUCUUACGUGAUCCCACCACUGCCCUGGGGAACAGGAAAUGCUCCGUACAUAAGAAGAUCCUGGAGUAUUACUGCACUGAGGACGCUGCCUGUAUCUGUGUGUCCUGCAGUUUGGCUGGAGAACACCGGGGACACUUAGUGGAGAUGCUGGAUGAGGCCUCUGAGAAUAAGAAGGAGAAGCUGAGAAAUGUUCUGCAGAAACUGACCACAAAGAGAGCAGAGGCUGAGAAAAGAGUCCAGAGACUGCAGGAGCGCAGGAGAGAAGAUCAGGGAAAAGCAGCGGGUGUAACACAGACAGUCACUGCCCUGUUUAGAGACAUCAGGAGACAGCUGGAAGACCUGGAGAAGAGAGUCCUGAGUGAGAUCUCCAGGCUGGAACAGCGUGUUUCACUCUCAGUCUCUGAUCUGAUCCAGCAGCUGGAAAUAAAGAAGGAUGAGCUGUCCGGGAAGAUGCGUCACAUUGAGGAGCUGUGUAACAUGUCUGAUCCAAUGACUGUCUUACAGGAACCAGACACAGGGGACUUGUGUGAUACUGAGGACACAGGGGGAUAUGAUAACCAGGUCCGUGGUGCAGGAGAUCUGGAUGUGGGUCUCAUCUCAGGAACAUUACACACAUUAUCUGAUAUAAUAACAGGUAUAAAUACAGGGAUAUAUGUGCAGGAAGCUACAGACCUAUUACUGGAUGUAACCACAGCUGGUGAUUAUAUACAGAUAUCAGGUGACAGGAAAACUGCAUCCUGGUCAGCAAACCAGCAUCACCCAGUAACACCAGAGAGAUUUGAGUAUGAUCAGGUAAUAAGCACCAGGGGAUUCUCCUCAGGGCGACAUUACUGGGAGGUGGAUGUCAGUAAGUCAGCGAGGUGGAGGGUGGGGAUGUGUUAUCCCAGUAUAGACAGGAGAGGAGGUCAGUCACUCAUUGGUCGUAAUAACAGGUCCUGGUGUCUGUGUAGGAUGUUUACUAAUCCGUACUCAGUGAUAUAUGACUGUAAAGAGAUCCAGUUACCUGACAGUAUCCCCUGUGACAGAGUGAGGGUAUAUCUGGAUUAUGAGGCAGGACAGCUGUCCUUUUAUGCUCUGUGUGACCCCAUCAGACACUUACACACCUACACUGCCGCCCUCACUGAGCCCCUCCAUGCUGCAUUAUGGGUAGGGAGAGGUUCUAUAACUAUAUGUGGGGGAGUCAGGAGCUGGGUGAUAUUACCAUAAGAAAUCUGCCCAGAGACUGGUGACAUCACACGGAAGAAAAACUGAGCAUAUAACCUAUGGAAUGAAGCAGUGGGUGGGGCUACAGCUGAGCUAUCCCUGUGUAGGGCUUCCACUAUUGAUAUUAUGCACUGGUAACUAGCCAUCGCAUCAAAACUAUUAGUUGGAAAAAAAUACAUGGUUCGCGCACGGGCAAAUCAUGUUUGCGCAAUAGCUAACCGCGGCCGUUCUCGAUGUGAAACAGCUGAAUUCAGCUGUAUUUUAAAAUCGAAUGGCCAUCGCUUCCACACUUUUCGAUGGCGGCUGCAAACAAUUGUCAAUCCCUACUUCCCCAGCACUUGGCUUCUCACUGUAACGUGUGUCUAGCAGGCUUACAUCAACUAUCUGAGAGUUUUCCAGCUUCCCCGCCUCUGAUCAGCUGUAAUAACAGGCGGCCAGCGUGAUAUGUGGAACCCUAAUACUUACCUUUGACAGACUCCUUAGAUGGACGCUUCGUGUACUUUGGUCUUAUUAUUCCAUCUAAUAAUCUGUUUCCUCUCUGCUCUGUGGUGACGUCUCUAUCCGGCCUUAGCACAACUGUGUUACACCCCCUUUCCCCCUCAAGUCAGACUCCCCAUUAUUCAUGGGGAUACAUGCGGCUUGUAGACAAUCAGAAUGUCGCACUAGCACUAUGGGGACACGGACACAGCGAUGUCGGCAAGUGGGAAAUGGGAAAUACUACUAUAAGGUUAAUUCAUCAUCAUUGUAACGUCUGUACUGCCGGUGGGUGUAACAACCUGUAAGUAGCAUGUCACACUUGCCGUGUCUGUGUUCCGGAAUCCCCAUAAUGCGUGUGUGACAUUCUGCUUGUCGACAUGCCGACUACUUCCCAUGUAUGUGCUGCCGGCAGCUUUAUAUGCUUGCUGUAAGAGUGGCUAUGGGCUAAUUAUGGCUGGUGAUGGGAUAUUGGCUCAGAUGCAUCAGUUGGAGGUAAGUGGGCCGGAUUCAGAGUCUGAUGCAGCUGCAGCUGGGUAUUUGUCAGCUUCUUGCCGACACAAAGCCGUUCCCUUGUGUACAGGUGUGCACCUACUGUAAAUGAGCGAGGACUGAGACGCCCACUCUCAGCAGGAGAAGACGCUGUACUUACAUCCAGUGCUCCCUUAUACACGGUGGCAUCAUCAAUACCUGCACUGACACUUUCCUGCGACACACCUGCCACACCCCUAUAAUACACAUUGCCCACCCCAGUUACCUUCCAGUCACUGCUCAGUAACACCCCAUAUGCUGGUCUGUGUGCAUUGGAAUCUGUACUGCGACUGUAAGGAAACCAUUGGGACGCAAGCACAGAAACAUUGGGGGUCAUUCUGAGUUGUUCGCUCGCUAGCAGUUUUUAGCAGCCGUGCAAACGCUAUGCCGCCUCCCACCGGGAGUGUAUUUUAGCUUAGCAGAAGUGCGAACGAAAAGAUCGCAGAGCGGCUACAAAGUUUUUUUGUGCAGUUUCUGAGUAGCUCAAAACCUACUCAGCUCUUGCGAUGACUUCAGACUGUUCAGUUCCUGUUUUGACGUCACAAACACACCCUGCGUUCGGCCAGCCACGCCUGCGUUUUUCCUGGCACGCCUGCGUUUUUUUGAACACUCCCUGAAAACGGUCAGUUGACACCCAGAAACUCCCACUUCAUGUCAAUCACUCUGCGGUCAGCAGUGCGACGGAAAAGCGUCGCGAGACCUUGUGUAAAAGUACAUCGGGCGUUGUGAAAGUGUGUUGCGCAUGCGCAUUGCACCGCAUACGCAUGCGCAGAAGUGCCGUUUUUUUGCUUCAUCGCUGCGCAGCGAACAUUUUCAGCUGGUGAUCAACUCGGAAUGACCCCCUAAUCGCAUCAUUCUGCUUUAUCACUGUGUGACUAGACUAUUACAGUAUAUCACAUUAUACUUGUGUUAUUUCUCAGAAUCACACUGUGUACUAAUAUAAAAAAUUAUUAGUGUGUCUGUAUAACACCAGUGUAAAUGCUGAGUAUACCAGUAAGUGAAUAUGAUGUACACCGCUGUGUAACUGUUACACUAACCUGCAGAAAUGAAUAAAUACAUAAACUGAGGUUAUACGCACAGUGUUGGGAGCUUUUUUUGACCAUGUUGACUCAAUGCAUUUCGACUGGGGUCGACCAGACUAUGAACCUUUUCACUGUCAACCUAUUAUCCGGAUACAUGUGGCUCUGGCCCCUUGCUUUACCUGCUGUGUGGCACAAUAACAAAGACAAUUCGAUGCAAAGAUUAUUUUGGUCACUAAUUAUCCAAUUAA